CAGUGGUCGUAUUUGCGAAAUGGCUGCCGUUUUAGAUUAUUUUUCAAUAGGAAGUACAGUGUGGUGCAGGACAUGUUAUAACACAGAAAUCGAAGGGGAGGUGAUGGCAUUUGACCCCCAAGUCAAAAUACUUAUAUUGAAAUGCGCUUCGUCGAGCGGUGAUUCAAAAUUAAACGAUGUUCAUUUCGUCAAUCUUUCGUUGGUUAGUGAGUUACAGGUGAAAAAAGAAGUCACUUCAUUACCCGAAGUGCCACAAUCGUUAAAUCUGCAAAGGCUAAAUACACGAGUGCGGAAUCAGGUCGACAAAAAACGCCGAAUUUUACAAGCAAUUUCUGCAAAUGUAUCAGUAGAAGGCCAGAGUUUAUUUAUAGCAAUCGCCAAAACAAUAAAAGAAGUGAGGUGGAGGAAUUCGGAAAUUGUCGUCUGGAAUCAGGAAGUGAUCAUCAGUCCACCCUACCAACUGGAAAAUAUCAGAGGCGACACCAAAAGCAAAGAGUAUAAUUAUAUAAAGAAAGUCGUGGAGAAACAUAUGAAGGACCUAGCAAUGAAUUCGCAAAACACCACGCAGGUUCAAAACACACAACAAUAAAACCAGCCCUUAACUUAUUUUAGUUCAAUUUCAACAUAGUAUUCUCGGACGAUUCCGUUUUUAUUAUUUCUCUCAACUCUCUCAAAUCGUAGACGAUUCCGAUUCUUUAUUUUGUUUUGUUUAUCAAUUUUAUUAUUGGUGUAUUAAAUAUUUUUCUUAAGGAAACAAUAAAAUUGUACAAAAACCCAA